AUGGCACCCAAGGCAAAGAAGGCGACAUCGGACAACAUCAACAGCAAGCUCCAGCUUGUUAUCAAGAGUGGCAAGGUCAGCCUCGGCCUGAAGUCGGCUCUCAAGUCGAUGCGCAGUGGCAAGGCUAAGCUCGUCCUCAUCUCGGCCAACACUCCCCCGCUGCGCAAGUCGGAGCUCGAGUACUACGCCAUGCUUUCGAAGACCAGCGUUCACCACUACCAGGGCUCCAACGUGGCUCUCGGUACAGCUGCCGGAAAGCUCUUCCGUGUUGGUGUCAUGACCGUCCUCGACGCUGGUGACUCGGACCUCCUCAGCACCGUCGCUGCCUAA